UACAGGACUGAUACAGCCCCGGGGACCCACCCACAGAUGUUCAAGGACAGACACAUUCAGUCCCCAGCCUGCUGGAUUCCCAAGUUCCACAUCUUUUUGGACUCGCGCGCUCGGUUGCCAGCCAACUUCCAUUCACAGGUUAUCAUCUUUGCCGGCUUUCUCCUCCAACCAUCAAGGAUGGGUCCGUUGUUUCAAGGUCAAAGGACCCCAACACUCGCUCCACGCAGUCGUCAUUCUCGCCCGGCACCGUACCGUUCCCGGACAUCCAUUGUUCACCCAAAUUUGGCGCUCGAGGCAGAUCUGAUUACUCAAACCGAGAGCCGACCUCGUCUCCUAUCGACACCGACCACACGCUCACCGACAGCACAAGCGGGCUUGGAGGCCAACCCGCUUGCAUCUGAAGAUGACUCUGACUCAGAGGUGGAGGACGACUUAUAUCCCAACACAACAGCAUUUGUGGCCGGAUUGGAGCUAGGCAUCCAAGCGAGGGACGUGGCCGCAGAGUUAUCUUCGAUGCCUCUGGUCCGUCGUGAGGCCACUAUCUUUUCAACCCUCGCAAGCUUACUCCAGCGGAUGGAACGCCUUGAAAAUCGCCCGGUUCUGCUCACCCCGGCUCUGCCGGUCCCACCUCCGGUAACAUCCAAUCUGGCCAUACCAGACCCCACCGGGACAGAGCCCUCAUUUACUUUUGGUCGAAGAUUCAAAGCAAGUAUGGAUUUCAUCCGAGACAGCGCCCGACGGUUCAUGCUUCGGCCUGACCUCGAUGCUUACACGCAAGGAACCGGUGCCAAUGCACCCAACCCAGAACAAGGACUCCUCAGCUUGGUAAUGGGACACAUCAACAACCAGGACGCACGAUUCCACGAACAACACCUGCCCCCUGGAGCCAUCCGCGACUUGCUCAUUGGGGACAACGAUGUCGUCCGCCUGGUCAAGGGAAUCACAAAGCACGUCCGGAAUAAAGCGCGAAACAUCCUCCUGACAGGCAUUUUACAGCCUGCAGGCCUGAAUUCCAAUAAUACAAUCCCAAAUAUACACGAGCUAUCCAGGUUGCUGUGGAAGCACCUUACAAGGAACCCGCGAAGACUAACUGAGUUGCAAAUUGACGGAGAGAUCGACCCCACAUUGAAAGUCCGCUUUGCUUACCUCCGGAUGGCCACCAUAUCGAAUUACAUGGAUCCGAACAUGAGGAAUGUUUCUCAAUGGGAUACAAUCGACGCACAAUUGGCCUUGAACCGACGGGAGCCUGCUGAUUACACCGCCGCGUGGAGACAUCUCAUAUCCGAACGGGACCAUGAGCUGUUUGCUGAUUCGCCUAAUUUUGAGGACUUAGACUUAGAGUGUGCUUUGUGCCCGACGGAAGAAGAAAUCAAUGAGGCUAUGAUACUCAUUCAAUGAGUUCUGACUUACUUGAUCUCAACCUGGGACCAUCUUCUACCCCACUACCCCCAUCACCACAUAUGUUGCUAGCCAUCGGAUGAAUCACCCAUCCCCACGUAAUGCAUCACGCUUCUCCCAUUAACCCUU